UCUUUUUACUUCCGGCAGCAAUCUUCUCCGUAUGUUUUGAGGUGGUAGGAGGUGACUAAAAUAUUCUCAUAAAACUUAAAGGUUUACAAGGAAGUAGUGACUAAGUAAAAAGAAGCUGUAUUGCUGAAGUUUCAGGUGAACUUGUGUUUUGCUGAAGAGAUGUGGAACCCUAACGCAGGUCAGCCAGGUCCCUAUCCAGGAGGACCAGCUGUUCCAAAUCCUGCUUAUCCUCCAGAGAGUAAUCCAGCAUACCCACCCAUCAAUCCCGGUUGCCCACCAGGACCUGUUCCCCCUGGCACUUACCCACCAGGAAUGCCAGGACACCCUCCUUUCCCAGCUGGGCAGCCCAUCCCACCUCCUUUUCCUGGCCAGCCUAUCCCACCUCCUUGUCCUGGCCAGCCACACUACCCAGCACAACCUGGAAUGCCUUAUCCUGGUCAUUCAUAUCCAUCUAUGCCAGGCCACCCCCCAAAGGGAGGUUGUGUAGUAGAGGGAGUUAUCAUUAGUGGUCACAAAACGGAUAAGAAAAUGAAGAAGCAGAUGAAGAAGGCUCAUAAGAAAGCUCAUAAACAUCAGAAACAUAUUAAACUUGGGAAGCAUUCCUCUAGCAGCAGUAGUAGCAGUAGCAGUGACUCGGACUGAGGAAGGAAGGAAGCGGUAUAUUCCCUUACCUGUAAGAGAGACACAUGCUGAUCGUCUGCUAUGCUACCGCCAUUGCUUUUACCAAUUUGUCUCCACACCAAAUAAGUCCUUGCAGCACUCUAUGUUGUAAAAUCAACCUGCCAACAAGACAUCAUGCCAUUUCACAGAAUGGAAAGACAGUGAUGAAGAUUAUGUACAACAUUAGUACUGCAAAUUUACCUAUACAUAGACUUUUUUAAGUUGCUCUCCUGACUGGGUUGAUGUUGCAGAACACUAUAUAUGUAGAACCAAGAGUGACUACAGAUAAUCAGAAUGUAACUUUGUGACUUAAUUUUUUUUUUAAUGAGCAAACCUUCCACUGUGAAAACAAAGUUUAUUAUACACCUAAAUAAAAUUGGCUAAAAUUA